AGCGCGCGUGGCUUGCGACUGCCGUUAUCGAUAAACUUUUUUCCUCGAGCACUUUGCGACACUUCCCUCACCUCUCUCGGCAGAGACGCGACGCUACCAAGUCCACAAUCCACCAUGUCGGCCCAAAGAGCUGCCGUCAAGACGACGUACGAGGUCGCUCGCACCCUGCAGCCAAUCUACUCGGGAGGCAGCUUGGCCCUCAGCGAAGACGGGCGCAUUCUGGCCGCGAGCUUGGGCGAGGAUGUCCUUCUUUCCGACCUCACCAACGGCCAGGAGCUGGCCAGGGUCGAGGGAGACGGCGAGGCAAUCACGGCCCUGGCCCUGACCCCGUCCGCAUCUCAUCUCGUAGUGUGCUCGCGCUCCCUCUCCAUGCGCCUCUUCGCCCUCAGGCCCUCUGACACCGACGACCAAGUCAUCGAGCUCGACCUUCUCCGAACACUACGCCCACACACGUCUCCUGUCGUCACGCUAGCCACAGAUCGCACGGGCACACUGAUAGCCACCGGCGGCGCCGACGGCGUGGUCAAGAUCUGGGACAUUGUCGGUGGCUACACAACACACACUUUCCACGGCCAUGGUGGAGUCGUCUCGGCCCUGCACUUCUUCGAGGUAGAGGUAGCCGAGCGUGACGACGCCUCGGAAAACAACAAAAAGAGAAAGAGAAAGUCGCGGCAGGAAGGCGCCGAGUCGGAUCAAGCUCAGGGCGAGACUCAGAUACAGUUUCGGUUGGCCUCUGGUGCCGAAGACGGCAAAAUACGGAUAUGGGAUCUUCACAAGAGAAAGAGCACUGCUGUCCUCGACUCGCACGUCUCCGUCGUUCGCUCGUUACAGUACUCGCCGCAAGAGAAGGUCCUUCUGUCUGGCAGCAGAGACAAGACAUUGAUUGUCUGGGACUCACACAAGUGGAAGGCGCAACGCACCAUUGCUACUCUAGAGGGCAUCGAGAGCGCAGGCUUCAUCGCAGACGGCAAGAUCCUGUACUCUGGUGGAGAGAACGGCCGACUACGACUCUGGUCAGCCUCCAGUGGAAGAGAGCUCACCCGAGAGCAAGAGCCUGGAUCCGAGACGGAUGAGAUUGUCAACAUCCUCUACUAUCCUUCAUUGCCCUACUUGAUCUCGGUGCACGCUGACCAAGUGCUCAACUUCUACUCCCUCAAAACAGCAGAGUCACUCGUCGUAGAAGAGACCAUCGACCCGCUGCCCAUCUUCCGCCGCGUUUCCGGAACCCACGACGAGGUCAUUGACAUCGCCUACGUUGGCCGAGACAAGUCCCUAUUGGCACUCAACACCAACUCAGAGGAUAUUCGGAUAAUCACACUCAACGAAUCCGACGCAGAAGACGCGACCCAAGGCAAAUACUUUGGUGCCGAUGUCGGACUGCUAAAGGGACACGAAGACAUUGUCAUCUGCCUAGAUGUAGAUUGGUCAGGCCACUGGCUUGUCACAGGUGCCAAAGACAACACAGCACGGUUAUGGCGUCUCGACCCCGCUAACGAAUCGUAUACCUGUGCUGCAGUCCUCACAGGUCAUGCCGAGUCGCUUGGAGCGAUUGCACUGCCGCACACCAUACCCCAGGAAUCCUCAGCCGCUUUCACAGACCCUUUGUCACACCCACCUGCGUAUAUUGUGACCGGCUCUCAAGAUAGGACAGUUAAGCGUUGGGAUACCACCAAAGAGAUGAAGGGUAAACUGCGAGCCAAGUACACCCGCAAAGCACACGACAAAGACAUCAAUGCCAUCGACAUCGACCCCUCUGGAAGUCUUUUUGCGUCCGCAUCGCAGGAUCGUACGGUCAAGAUCUACUCCGCAGCAGAAGGAGAGGCUAUUGGUGUCCUCCGAGGUCACAAACGUGGUGUGUGGUCAGUCAAAUUCGCACCCAAAGACUCGCAAGCGCCAAACUCAGGAAACAAGGGCUUGAUCGCAACAGGCAGCGGAGAUAAGACGGUCAAGAUCUGGAGUCUAGCAGACUACAGCUGUUUACUAACUUUAGAAGGCCACUCAAACAGUGUACUGAAGCUGUCGUGGCUGCCCUAUCGACCCGUCGACGCACGAGACAAGCGUGGCCCACAAAUAGCUUCUGCAGCUGGUGACGGACUGGUCAAGAUCUGGGAUACAGUGUCCGGUGAGGCCAUGUCCACACUUGACAACCACACUGAUCGUGUCUGGGCACUUGUCGCACACCCCACAACGGGCGCCUUGGUGUCUGGUGGUGGAGAUAGUGUCAUCACGUUUUGGGAAGAUACGACGAGCACCACGCUGGAAGCUGCCACAACAGCGGAAACAGAACGCGUCGAACUUGAUCAAAAACUACAAAACUACACCUACGCCGGCAACUAUCGCGAAGCUAUCGUCCUUGCACUCCAGAUGGACCAGCCCGCCCGUCUCUUCUCCCUCUUUAAAUCUGUGGUGGAAACCGAGAACCCAGAUACAGACAGUCUCUCAGGUCUCAUCACCGUAGACGAAGUCCUCGGUUCCUUAGCAGACGAACAGCUGUACAAACUGCUCAUCCGCCUCCGCGACUGGAAUACCAACGUGCGUACUGCACCCAUCGCUCAGAAGAUUCUGUGGACUAUUGUUAAGUCAUAUCCCGCUUCUCGACUAGCUAGUCUGAGGCCGCAGGGCAAGGUUGGCGCAAAGGGCAGUCUGAAAGAUGUGAUGGAUGCCAUCAAGGUGUACUCUGAGAGGCACUACAAGCGAGUAGAGGAAUUGGUUGAUGAGAGUUACUUAUUGGACUUUACUCUCAAGGAAAUGGACGAGGUUGCGGGUGAAGUCAAGGCUAUUACGAACGGCACUUCGCAGCUGGGUCUUCAAAGGGAUAUCGUCAUGGUUGAUUAGGAGUAAUAUGUUCAAGGCAGCUAGCCUGGCACCAAGAUUCCGGCGAGUAGCUGGGUUAUUGUAGGUUCGAUAUGAAUACCAUAUUUGACAAUUUCAGG